CGUCGCCAAGCGCAAAACAGCAGAAAUCAUCAUGCUUCCGUCCAUCCGUCCAUCAUUCGCCUUGAUUGCUGUCGUCUUGCUGGCUUUGUUGGCCGUCGAGAUUCCGGCCCGUGUGGUCGAAGAUGUCGUCAUCGAUCCAUCGAUGGUCUCCGCCAUCGCUGAGCCUAUGGUCCGCCAGGCCAGGCAGCAAUCGACAGCCACCGUCACCGUCCUCAAAACCACGACCCUCUCGUCCGUCACGACCACCGUCCUGACGACCAAGAAAAUCUGCGGCAUCAUAGCUUCCGUCUCGGCUGGCACGGUCAACCCUGGUGGCAUUGCCACAUUUACCAACGCUCCGGCUGCAGCCUGCAGCCGCCGGAGGCGUCAGUAUUGGGACCAGCCUGUCUUUGUCGCCCUCAAGAACGACGACGACACCAGCUUGCAGUACUUCCGAUUGAAUCCCACCCAAGUUUUGAAUUUCGAACCGACGUUGUUGCCACAAUUCCGCAACACCCACAGCCCGAGCGUUCAACUGGUGAAGGAAUCAUCCUUCAUUCUUCCGUCGUUCGACAAGCCGUCGGAUAACGUCCGCGUGGCCAGCCCACUAUUCGGGAUCAGCAGUCUCAUCUCUUCCAUCGUGUCUGGCAUUUUGACGACGACAACCACCACGACGUCGACCAUCACCGCUUAUACGUCCACUUCUGUAUCCACGUCGUUCACUGGCACCGCCAGCUAUUACGUCGUCGGAGCUUGUUAUCCGGCUGGCCUCACCACCUGCUAGUAUAUUUGACUGAUAAGCCAGCGCUCUGGUGUCAUUGACCGCGGUUCAAGAAUUAUAUCCACGACUCUCACGAUUAAAGUUAUGCCAUUUUGUGUCGACUAUAUAUUUAAAAAUAGAACAAGCCUAUAGGCAAUUGUUGUAGGUCCCAUCAGUUUUUUUGUUUUAGAUUAUGCAUACGAUCCUUCAAUACAAGACCCCUAUCGUAA